GUGAAGUGCCAGUCUGACAGUCUCUGUCUGACGGUCAUCAUGUUCAGCCUAAACCAAGCACCUCUGCUUUGUGUUCAACUAUUAGUUAUCGGCCGAGUCUUGGCAGUGGUUCAUCCGGAUGACCGCAGGUAUGAACUGGUGCUCAGAGGAGACUCCAUCAGUUUUGAUUGCAACACAUCGAAGGCCAAUACAACACAAAUCAACUGGACCAAAGACAGAUUUUUUUUUUCUUAUUCAUUCUCAAAGAAUCUGACUUCUUCAAAUUUCUCCUCUCCCAGACUGAGAAUAGACCAAAACUUUCCUUCAGUGCUGAAUGUUUCUGAUGCUCAGCAUGAAGAUGCAGGACUCUAUAAAUGUGUUGUAGCUGCUCACGAUGGCACAAGGACUACUCAGUGGAAUUUAACAGUGUCAGAGAAACCUGAAGAAGCCAGUUUUCCGUGGUAUUUUCCAUACAUACUCGCAGCUGUAAUUGGAUUACUUCUUUGUGGCAUCGCUUCAGCUGUCUGCCUCUGCAGAAAACUCAGAGCCAGGACACCAGAGCAGAACCCGGCCCAGGACCAGACUAACCUCGAGUCUGGUGGAGAGGUGGUGGUUCCUCAGGGGAGCAGAGAGAGAAGGACGAAUAACAAGCAGAGGAGUCAGUACAUAGAGAGACUCAACUCAAUCUAUGACGUCUACUGAGCUGACAAACCAUUCAAAUGAAAGAAAGAAACAUGGACAGAGUCUACAAGAGACGGCUCACGUUUGACGGGCAUUACAUUUUUUUAUUUCAAACCAGGAGUUUCCAGGGAAGGCAGUCAGGAGGACGACAACCGGGUCACUAAUGCCUUCAACUUAUUUAUCAUUAACACGUUAAAACCAGCGCCUCACUUUGUUUUUAUCUUAUAUUUUAUAUUUAUGAUACUCUGUGUAUAUUAAUAUGUUCUUAUGUAUAUGAUGUGUAUUAUUAGUAUGCUGUGCUGAAUGUUCUCACACAUGUGUUGCACUUUGACCUCAACAAGGGAAGUUCCUUCACUGAGGCUUUAGUGCCCCCUGGUGUUCUGUGAGGGAAUGACAUGGCUUAUUUUCAAACUGUGAAUAAAUUACAUUUUUAGAGACU